AUGACGUUUCAGGUGUUCGUUCGAGGUCUCGAUGGCGCCACUACGGUUCUUCGCACCGAUAGAGCCGUGAUUUCCGGUGCUGACCUCAAGACCGCGUUGCGAAGCCGGCGCGCUCUUCCGCCGCUUUUACGCGACAGAAGCGACGGCAGCUGCGACGCCUCCGAUGGAUGCGACGGAUGCGACGCGUUUCGCGUCGUCACCGGCACGCGUGAGAUUUCUAACACGUCACUCCUCUCUGCUGACGCGGCAGGAUUCUUUCCUUCGUGCCACGUCAUCGCGAGGGUUCUCGGAGGAAAGGGUGGCUUCGGGUCGCUGCUGCGCGGCGCCGCCACCAAAGCCGGGCAGAAAAAGACGAGCAAUUUCGACGCGUGUCGCGAUAUGAGUGGUCGGCGACUCCGCCACGUCAACGCCGAGCGUAAACUGAAGGAUUGGCGGCACGAGGCGCUGGAACGACAACUGGAAAAGACGGCGCAGGACUAUUUGAAACGACUCGCGAAGGAGAAGAAGAAGCGGCGCGAGGAGGUGGUCGAUCUAGGCGCGGUGCGCAAGGCCAGCCACGCCGCCAUGGCGAGAGUCGCUGAUGCGGUGAAGAGCGGUAUGGAGCGGCACGGUCUGGAUAAGGGGAAGCGGAAGCUGAGCGCGGAGGAUGAGGGGGAAGAGGAGGCGGAGCGGGCGCAGUAUGCGAAGCGAGGAAAACUACUAGGCAUGCUGGAGGAUAUUGAGGAGGGGGAGGACGACGAGGAGGAGGAUGAGGAGGAAGGGGAAGAGGAGGAGGAUGAAGAGGAUGAGGAGGAAGACGAGGAGGAGGUAGACGAGGAGCAUGAGGAAGGAGAGGACGGCACAGAAAAGGGAGGGGAGCAGGGGAGUGGGAGUGGUUCAAAGGAGGGGAGCGAGGGGAGUGGCGGUGCAGUGAGUGCGGGCAGUGCGGGGAAGGCAGUGGCACCGCUGCACUCCUCCCCUCCCCAUCCCCAUGCACUACCCCACCCGUAUUCCUCCCUCUCUUCACGCGACCAUGCUCACCCUUCUGCCUAUCAUCUCCCUCCGGGCCUCCCUCCCCUACCCGUCCUCCCGUUUUUUCCUAUGUGUGUCCCCAAUCCUCCUCCCCUCCUGUGCGAGCCCUGCCUUGUGCCAGCCCCUAGGUUUGGAGCGACUUAA